CCCAUGCCGUUCGCACUACGGCCUGACGGUGUCGCUGUGGCUAGGUGCCUCAGUUAGUGGGUGAGCGGUAGCUCCCUCUCGGCUCUGCUCUCUGUGGUGUGGCAGAGUGUGCGCAGUGCAGUGUGCGCUCACACAGUGGGCGAGUGUGUCUAGCCGCUGCCGCCUGUCCUGUGUCAUCCCCCCCUCCUCCCAGCCACAAGCCGCGGUGAUGGCGGACAGCGCCAGCGAGAGUGACACCGACGGAGCGGGCAACAGCUCGGCCGCCAUGCAGACGUCCUCGUCGGCCUCUUCCUCUGGGAAGUCGGGCAUCGUCAUCUCGCCAUUCCGGCUGGAGGAGCUGACUAACCGCCUGGCCUCCCUGCAGCAGGAGAACAAAGUGCUGAAGAUCGAGCUGGAGACCUACAAGCUGAAGUGCAAGGCGCUGCAGGAGGAGAACCGGGACCUGCGGAAAGCCAGCGUCACCAUACAAGCGAGGGCUGAACAAGAGGAAGAAUUCAUCAGCAACACUUUAUUUAAGAAGAUCCAAGCCUUGCAGAAGGAGAAGGAGACCCUUGCCGUGAACUAUGAGAAGGAAGAGGAGUUUCUCACUAAUGAACUGUCCCGGAAGCUCAUGCAGUUACAGCACGAGAAAGCAGAACUCGAACAACACCUGGAACAAGAACAAGAGUUUCAAGUUAACAAAUUAAUGAAGAAAAUAAAGAAACUGGAAAAUGACACCAUCUCCAAACAGCUAACACUAGAACAGCUAAGACGUGAAAAGAUUGACCUUGAAAACACCCUUGAACAAGAACAAGAAGCACUAGUUAAUCGUCUCUGGAAGAGGAUGGACAAACUUGAAGCAGAGAAAAGAAUUUUGCAGGAAAAAUUAGACCAACCAGUGUCUGCUCCACCUUCACCUCGCGACAUAUCAAUGGAGAUAGAUUCCCCAGAAAACAUGAUGAGACACAUACGUUUCCUUAAGAAUGAAGUAGAAAGACUAAAGAAGCAACUGCGAGCUGCGCAGCUACAACACACUGAGAAAAUGGCCCAGUACCUAGAGGAAGAACGCCACAUGAGAGAAGAAAAUUUGAGGCUUCAAAGAAAACUGCAGAGGGAAAUGGAAAGACGAGAGGCUCUGUGCAGGCAGCUCUCAGAAAGCGAAUCCAGCUUAGAAAUGGAUGAUGAGAGGUAUUUUAAUGAAAUGUCUGCACAAGGAUUAAGGCCACGUACUGUGUCCAGCCCAAUACCCUACACACCAUCCCCGAGUUCCAGCAGACCUAUUUCUCCUGGCUUGUCCUACGCAAGUCACACUGUUGGCUUCACACCUCCAACCUCACUCACUAGAGCUGGAAUGUCUUAUUUCAAUUCUCCAGGUUUACACGUGCAGCACAUGGGCUCAUCCCAUGGUAUUACAAGACCCUCACCUCGAAGGAGCAACAGCCCUGACAAGUUUAAGCGUCCCACUCCACCUCCGUCUCCAAACACUCAGACUCCAGUGCAUCCUCCACCCCCUCCACCUCCUCCGGCACAACUCGCAGUCCAGUCAACUGCAUCUCAGUCCGCCACUUCCCACAAUUCAGUGCAUCCUCCCUCUCAGCCCUAGUGCAUGUCCUCUGCAGUCUCUGCAUCUUGAGUUGGACUCAUAACAUGGAACAGUUUUCUCAGAGCCAAAGGCUUACUUGUCAUAUUGGGAUUUGACUUUAUUUGCACUGAGGUUACAUAGGCUUCACUGUCUAAUUGUGUUGUAAAUGUUUGUCUCAGAAAUCAGCCAGUGUUGUGGGUCUUACAGCGUUAUCUUUCCCACACAGUUCCCGUUCCAUGUUUACCGAAACUACAUGUACGUUAGUACCCUGGCUGGGACAUUGCUACUCUGUAAUGAGCAGGGCAACCUUACUCAUGCUGCUCAAAUGCUUUUUCUUUGAGGUUUUUUAGGAUUAUAUAAUAAAAGGGAUAACUUUUUUUUAUUUUAUUUUUUUCGCUCCUCAUAAGCGUUCUAACGCAUGAUGGUUUGAUUUUUUUAUUAGAUUUUUUUUUGUUUUUGAUUUUAUAUAGUAUCCCGUAUAUAUCAUAAAUCACUACAUUUGAGUAGUCUUAUACUGCAACUGCUGAGAUAUGGAGAUAUGCACACCUUAAGCCCACGUGCAGUGGAUGCCAGUAACUCAAAGCCAGUUUUGCUGUCUAAUAGCAGAGCAGUAAUCUGAUAUAAUGGCAUGUUUCUUACGUUGCAAAAAAAUAAAAUAAAAACUAUAUAUAAAGGCCUAUAAAAGCACAGUGUUAAAUGUACAAAUCAUGUGCUAGUAAGGAUGUGUUUAUGGCUUUAUGGAGGUAGGUUCAAUUUAUCCAGUGCCUGUAACUUACAUACAUCUUCUAGCUAGCUAUACGUAGACCUUAAGACAUGGCGUCCAUCGCACACCAACCAUAACUGAUGCAACAAUCACAAAACCAAAUCUUCAUCUAUAAUGACAUGAUAGUGAAAUGUGGGAAUCUUUGUUUAAUAUGUGGAAUGUAUUGUAAAUGGAUCUUAAGAUUUAAUUGUAUCAGUUUUAGGUGAUCUUAUCCUGUAAGCUGUCCGCGAAUCCAUUUCUAUGACUGAGUAUGUAGAGAUUUUUUUUUUUUUUUUUUAAAGAUGUAUACAUUUGGCUGUACAAGCUAUGUAAAAUAUACCUUGGCAUGUUUUUUUUUUUUUUUUUUUUCUUUCUUUUCAAUUUCGCAAAGUAUUUUUUAAAAAUUCACAUAAGAAUCAAAAUACCCUUGAGAUUUAAAUUUUAGCAAUGUACUUGGCAGUACUGCCAGUCAUUUUGUAUUGCUUAAUAGAAGCAGGACAGAUUACCUAUUGAAGUAGCACAGCUUGGCACUAAUGAAUGCUUAUUUAGAAGAAUAAUGUAAGCCGGUACAAUGUAUAAAGAAUUAUUUUGAGUACAAUUUUUUUUUUUUUUUCAUUUAGCACAAAUAAAUUGUUUGGGUUUCACUUUGCAGUGGAACAGUGUGUGUUUUUAUUAUUAAAUCCUCCUAGAGUUGCUACUAGUCA